AUGAAAGUACUGAAGAAAAGGAGAGACGGAGAGGAGCAGAAGGAGGAGGAUCCAUUGGAGUUGAAGUUGUACAGGGAUCCAUGGAUUGUCAAGAAAAACCUCACGGCCAGUGAUCUCUAUCAUCUUAGCAGAAUUAUAUUGCCAAGCGAUCAGGUGGAGAAGCAUGUCCUUCCAUUCCUAAACCCUUGUGAAAUCCAUGGUGUGGUACAGAGCUUUAGAGGACUCAAUGUCUGGGUUUACGAUUUGGAUACAGGCACACGCCAUUUGUUGAGUUUCAAGAAGUGGAACAGCAACCACUCUUACAAGCUUGGUUUGAAUUGGAUUAAAGAAUUCGUGAAGAGGAGAGAGCUUCGAACAGGGGAUCUGAUUGGGAUGCUAUGGGACCCUUCCACCAGGGGAUUCUGUUUUUCUGUACUCAAGAGAUCUCCUCUUCCUCCAGAUGGUGCCGCCGCUGCUGAACCAGUAGUCGCAGUAGUCGCAACAGCAACUCCUCCACCUCCGGAUCCUAAACUUUGUGAAUUCGCACGCAAACGCCUCCGUCUAAGCCCACCUGUGCCUGACAAUGACGACCCAAUAUGA